AUGAGCCAGUGGGAGAGUCUAUACCGACCGCAUUUGCCACCGGAAUACUUGCAGCGCGACCUGCUCUUCCAGCUUCUGGACUGCUGUCAAACAAAAGGCAGUGCUCACCCGACGGUCUCCAGAGUGCGACACGCGGAAAAUCCGGUUGUCCGGCUUUACGGCGUUACAAAAGAGGGGCAUAGUGUUCUGGUGCAUUGCUACAACUACGAGCCGUAUCUGUGGAUCAAGGCCCCAAAAGGAUGGCUCCCUGCGUAUUCGCAGUUGCUCAAAGCUGAGCUAAACGCCCAGCUUGACAGCCUUACACAUGCCUCAGACACUAUAGUGCGCAUUGAGGUGCACAAGCGACAGAGCAUCAUGUACUAUCAGGGUGAAGGCUUGACAGAACACCUCAAGAUUGUCGUACAGCUCCCGCAGCAUAUCCCAAGGCUGCGUACUUUGCUUUCUGAUCGUGGGGUUGCAUGCGCAGGGGCGUGGGAUGGUGUUCGUGUCUUUCCCACCUAUGAGAGCAAUGUUAUUUUUCCAUUACGUUUUAUCGUUGAUAAUGGCAUUAGUGGUUGCAAUUGGCUUACGAUUCCUGUGGGCAGUUUUUGCACCGCCACGGAGCGUACAUCAACCUGUCAAAUUGAGCUGUGUUGCUCUCACGAAGCGGUGCAAAAUCAUGACGCAGUCGGUCAAUAUUUGUCGAUCGCUCCGUUUCGUAUUCUCUCCAUUGAUAUUGAGUGCCAGGGCAAGAAGGGCCUCUUUCCAGAUCCUGAAGAAGAUCCUGUUAUUCAAAUCGCAAAUCACUGUAUUAACUAUGGCAAUGAGGCAGAGCCACUCACACGAACAAUUUUUACACUUAAAAGCUGCGGGCCUAUUGCUGGGGCACGGGUGUGCUCGUAUGAAACAGAGGAAGAAAUGCUACUGGAGUGGGUUCGAUUUGUCAAGGCGAUCGAUCCAGAUAUUUUUACAGGGUAUAAUAUCAGCAACUUUGAUUUCCCGUAUCUUCUUAAUCGCGGCGCGGCGUUGAAGACCAACGACGCCUUUCAUUACUGGGGCCGUCAAAUCAAUGAGCGAACAGUUCCGCGGGAGAAAAAGUUUCAGUCUAAACAAAUGGGCAACCGUGAGUACACUGAGCUGACAUUGGAGGGACGGGUUAUUCUGGAUGUUAUGGUCGUUAUUCAAAGGGACUACAAACUGCGUUCAUAUUCACUUAAUGCGGUGUCACAGCACUUUUUGGGUGAACAAAAGGAAGAUGUGCAUCACUCCAUUAUUGCUGACCUACAGCAAGGAAGCGAAGAGACACGACGAAGACUGGCGGUGUACUGUUUGAAAGAUGCUCUUCUACCCGUAAAACUUUUGGAACGUCUGAUGGUAGUUGUAAAUAAUGUUGAGAUGGCACGCGUGACGGGGGUUCCGAUUGAGUGGCUCUUGGAACGUGGGCAGCAGAUAAAGGUUUUUUCGAUGAUGCUGCGCAAGGCUAAGGCGAAGGAUCUCCUUGUUCCGGCGGUUGAAUAUUCUGGAGGCGGCGGUGAUCAGCGAGGCUACGAGGGUGCCACCGUUAUUGAGCCUCUGAAGGGAUUUUACAACUGUCCCAUCGUCACCCUUGACUUUGCGUCGCUCUAUCCAUCUAUUAUUAUUGCCCAUAAUUUAUGCUACUCAACGUUGGUGCGGCCGUCCGAUAUUGUGCGAUACCCAGCAGAAAUGUUGAGCCGUACCCCCACUGGCGACACCUUUGUUAAGAAGGAGCUAUUUCCUGGUAUUCUUCCCGAAGUGUUGCAAGACCUCCUUGCAGCUCGAAAACGUGCCAAAUCGUUGAUGAAGGAUGUCCCCAUGGAAUCUCUUGAAUAUAAAGUUUUGAACGGUCGUCAAUUGGCCCUUAAGAUAAGCGCAAACUCGGUUUAUGGGUUUACUGGGGCUCAAGUAGGGAAACUACCGUGUUUGGAGGUCAGUUCUUCUGUUACCGCAUAUGGCCGGUUGAUGAUUGAUCAAACCAAGUUUCUUGUGGAGUCCCUCUACCCGGGUGUGAAGGUGGUGUAUGGUGAUACGGACUCCGUAAUGAUUAAGUGUUUGACAGACGAGAAAGGAACCGAAAAAGAACGCUUGGAGUAUGCAAUGACGUUUGGCAAAGGGGCGGCGGAGGAAGUAUCAAGCCACUUCUUGAAUCCAAUCAAGCUAGAGUUCGAAAAGGUAUAUUUUCCUUACUUGUUGAUGAACAAAAAGCGAUACGCAGGACUGCUAUGGACAAACACAGAGCGGUACGAUAAAUUAGAUGCGAAAGGUAUAGAGACUGUGCGACGUGAUAAUUGUCCACUUGUGGCCAGUGUUAUUUCAGGAGUAUUGAAUAGAAUCCUGAUUCAGCGAUCGGUGGAUAGCGCAGUGGAAUUUGUGAAGGGGACCAUCCGCGAUCUCCUAUUGAACCGUCUUGACAUCUCCCAUCUCGUCAUCACGAAGACGUUUUCCAAGGCAGAGAACGAGUAUGCGGGGGCACAGGCACACGUUGCCCUCGUUGAACGAAUGCGCAAACGGGACCCCGCCUCUGCUCCAAACAUCGGCGAUCGUGUCGCAUAUGUCAUUGUCCGAGCAGCAAAGGGUGCCAAGGCGUACGAGCGGAGCGAAGAUCCCAUUUAUGUGCUGGAAAACAACAUUCCAAUCGACACCCAGUACUAUUUGGAGCACCAACUUGCACCGCCCCUUCUACGCGUGUUCGAAGGCGUCCUAGAUGACCCUAGCGUCCUUAUUAAGGGAGACCACACACGCCAUAUCUUGGUCUCAGCACCCAGCAAAAAUGCGGGGGGUUUGAUGAAAUUUGUAAAGAUUCAGCUUCAAUGCAUCUCAUGUCGGGCCAUAAUAAAAGAGGGAGCCCUUUGUGAUAAUUGCCGGCACAAAGAAGCCGACGUCUACGGGAAGAUUGUGGCGAAAAGAAACCACUACGAGGCGAUCUAUUCUCAGGUUUGGACUCAAUGCCAGCAGUGUCAGGGAUCACUGAAUCAGGAGGUUAUAUGCACAAGCAAAGAUUGCCCUGUGUUCUACAUGAGAAAGAAGGUACAAAAGGAUGUCAAGGAGCAGCAAACGCUGUUGGAUCGUUUCGGAGUCGUGGAUGACUGGUAA